AUAUAUAUUUUUUCAGUUAUUUUUGGAGUAAAAUGUACCGGUAUUAAAAUGGUCAUAUCUCAGGAUGCUACAGAUGAACCCAAUCAAGGGUUUACUGACUUUUCUGAACUGAAGAACGGAGUAGGAAGAUCACCAGCUUCAAUAAAAGCGAUUAAUGCGAAGACUUUGGCUGAGGGCUAUACUAAAGGGAAAAGACGCUUGGAGACCUUUAGUGUAGUAUCAUGUGCCAUUUUUUCCAGCAUAGUUCUUUUCUACUUGUGUAAGAAUUUCCAACUCUCUGAAAUCAGAACAGUUGUGUUUGCUGCAGUUGCAGGAGCAGUCACUGCAGACUUCCUCUCUGGGCUGGUUCAUUGGGGGGCAGACACAUGGGGAGCAGUAGACAUCCCUAUUUUUGGCAAAGCCUUCAUCCGUCCUUUCCGAGAACAUCAUGUGGACCCCACAGCCAUAACAAGACAUGAUUUGAUUGAAACAAAUGGUGACAAUUGUCUGUUGACCUUACCUGGUUUAUCUUACAUGGUCUACAAGUUUCUCAUUUAUGACCAAGAAACAAUUGAAGCAUCCUAUGGAACAGACUGUUUUGUGUUCUUCUUGGCUGUGUAUGUUACCUUAACCAACCAAAUCCACAAGUGGUCACACACCUACUUUGGUUUGCCAAUGUGGGUACAAAAACUUCAGGACUGGCAUAUUAUCUUACCACGCAAGCAUCAUCGCAUUCACCAUGUUUCUCCCCAUGAGACAUACUUCUGCAUCACAACUGGUUGGCUUGACUAUCCUCUUGAGGUGAUCAGAUUCUGGCGAUCCUUAGAGUGGUUGAUUGAGAAAACAACAGGGGUGAAGCCGCGAUCAGAUGACAUGAAAUGGGCAGGGAAACCCAAUUGAAUUUGAUCAAAUUGUGGUCUAAAACUGAUCUAAAAAGUGUGAAAUUAUGUUUUGUGGGUGAGUGUAGGGUAGGUAAUAUACCAAGGUGGGUCUGGUCUACCCACAUAGACUCUAGUAAUGCACUUAUAAUUUUACAUUGUCCUGUUUCUGUUUUAAUUAAAAUUAUAACAGAAACUAUCCAAAUCUUUAUUUCUGCCUGCACUUGAUCCCAUUUGUCAAGAUCAGUAAUCUUUCAGAAUAGAGAAACAGAUAAGCAAACUCCAACAGAGACAGACAGACAGCCCAAAGCAAAUUGAGAUUAACUGUGAUUUUUUUUUUUCAAAUUUAAGUUAAAGGUUAUUAGCCACACAGAAAUGCAGAUUUAAAGUAAUAUUGCACAGUGGGAGAAAAGUUACUUGUCUGAACAUUUUUCAUACAUGGAACAACUGCUGGGAAAAAUCUUACCAGAAACACAAGUUAGGAUCAUUACCUUAUUGGUUAAAUUGUAUCAGGUCUUAUUUCAAACAUUUGAAUGAAGUGUUGUUAUGCAUGUAUGUACUUAUGACUUAAGCGCUCAGGAGUUCUUUUAUUGGUUGUGCCAUGCUUGUACACCUCAGUUACAUUAGGCCUUCAUUAGAUUUUUUUGGUGUGUUAAUCUUCCUCUCCAAAAUGGCCUUGACAAGUACCUCUUACUAUUUGUCAAGAGUGGUCACUAACUGGGUAACCUGCUUAAAGGUGUGGAAUAAUUAUUUAUCCAAGGCAGGGAGAUGUAAUGACUUAUAUGUAAAAUGAAUGAUCUAAUAAGGAAAAUUAUAGGUCAAGAGAAAUUCUACAGCAAAAAAAUUUUUUUUCUGUGAAUUCUGUAAUUUUAAAACUAGCCCACAAUAUUACUGAUUAAUAUUGUUAUUGUUGUUCUUAUUAUCAUAGUAAGCUAGAAGGAUGUUUAAUGUGAUAGAACACUGAUAUCAACAUUGAAGAAUGCAAGAUUCUGUGCAUAUCAGUAAGUGAAAGUUAGGUGAAAAUUUGCCAUUGAGGUUCCACACAUCACUCCAAAACAUCCCUGCAUCAAAGUUGGCUAAACCCUUUAACUCUCAAGAUCCAACUAGCAAUUUUCCCCUCUGACCACCACACUAAAGGGGAGAGUUGGCUGUUAUAUUUUGAUGAUGCCCUUUGGCUGCCAACCCUGUCUGUUCUAAUAAGCUAUUUGCAAUAUAACAUAUUGGAAUCACAGUGAGAAGUUACAUGUGGAUCACAUCUGGCAGUUUAAAGAUUUAAGGGAAAAAAAUACUAAAAAACUUAAGAUGGUUUUUUUCUCAAUGUAAAGUUCUGUGCAGAAAUUUUAGGCUUCCUUAAUCCAAUUUUGGUUAAUCUUGACCAUAGUGUGCAUGUGAGGUAAAUAAGGUAUUUAUAUAUUUGAUAAAUAGUGUCUUUUUUUGGAUAAACUGCUGUCAAACCUUAAAUCUAAUGAAAGAACUGUUGUUGGUAUUCAGAGGGCUUGAUAGGCUGUAUGCAAAGUACGAAAGUAAUCAAAAUUGAAGGUUUAAAUAUUGCACCUAGACUUGAGUUGGGUUGCUGUUGCCAUGAUUGGCUAAAAUUAGCGGGCUGUGUUUUACUGUGGAAUAAGAAACUUAUUGAGGGCUUUCGAGGUCCUCGCUUGCUUGCAUUUUGUUGGUCAAUGAAUCAAGUGAAUUAACAAGUUUAUUAAAGGAUGAGAGGCAACUGA